AUGUCCCGUUUCACCCAAGUCGUCGGAGGUGCUUUCAAAUUCAGCGAUGGAUACGAAAUGCCAAAAGUUGGACUAGGAAUCUCUCGGAUUCCAACUCAAGAGGCCCUUGAUGUAUCCGUAGAAGCUGCUUUGAAAUCCGGAUACCGAUUGUUUGACACUGCUAAUUUAUACAAAAAUGAGCAUUGUCUUGGAAACUCACUCAAGAAAUAUCUGCCAGUGUUUGGUCUAACUCGGGAAGACGUUUUCAUCACCACAAAAGUUCGCACUGUGAACGAGAAUACAGUUGAGGAAACUGAAAAACAACUUGCCAAUUCGUUGUCUUCACUUCAAACAGAUUACAUCGAUCUUCUUUUGGUACAUUAUCCACGCGAUCGUGAUACUGGACAUGACGAUGACUAUGAAAUCAACAAAAAUAGAAGAAAGAUUGUAUGGCAAUAUCUUGAAAAGGCACAGGAAUUGGGAAAAGUGCGAUCGAUUGGAGUCUCCAACUAUGAAGUGUACCAUCUUGUUGAAAUGUUUGAGUAUUCGAAAGUCCGUCCAGUGCUGAAUCAAUAUGAAUACCAACCAUAUCUAACUCGCCCAACUCUCAAAAAAUUCUGUGAUCUGAACAACAUCGUCGUCCAAUCUUACUCUUCUCUCUGUUGGGGAAAUCAGGAGAUUCUUCAAGAAGAAGCUCUUCUCCAACUCUGCCAGAAGUAUAAUCAAACACCACAAGCCAUUCUCUACGCAUUUGCCUACUGUAGCAAUACAUCUAUGAUUCCAAAAUCAGCAACACCUUCCAGAAUUCAUGACAACUUGCAUAAUACUAUUCAAGUUCAAUUGACCGAGGACGAUCUGAAAUCCCUCAGAGCUUUAGACAAAGGAAAAUCGUUCCCACAAAAAGGAAAAACUUGGAGAUGUUUAUAG